CUGCCAGCCAACCAGACUGUGUAGUCGAACACAGAGCAGCGAUCUUCCCCGUGCAGUUAUUGUUGACGUGGUAACGGAGACUGAUAUCAGUUUGGGUGGAAACCUCCAGAUAUUCAUGAGUAAAAGUUAGCACAAAGAGUGCUACUAAGAGCGAGAGGUCAUGCUAGACUUUGCCAUCUUUGCUGUCACGUUUGUCAUAAUUUUGGUGGGCGCUGUUCUCUAUUUGUAUCCGUCAUCCAGGAGGGCCUCUGGCAUCCCAGGUCUCAAUCCUACAGAUGAGAAGGAUGGGAACCUGCAGGACAUCGUGAACAAAGGCAGCCUGCACGAGUUCCUGGUCAGUCUGCAUCAGGAGUUUGGGUCUGUGGCGUCGUUCUGGUUCGGCGGCCGGCCUGUGGUCAGCCUGGGUUCUGUGCAGCAGCUACGGCAACACAUCAACCCAAACCACAGCACUGACUCCUUUGAGACGAUGCUGAAGUCGUUGCUAGGUUACCAGUCAGGAAUGGGAGGCGGGGCGAAUGAGACCGUGAUAAGGAAAAAGGUGUACGAGAGUGCCAUCAACAACACGCUGAAGAACAACUUCCCUCUUGUACUCAAGCUGGUGGACGAGCUGGUAGGAAAGUGGAAGUCAUUCCCGGAGGCUCAGCACACCCCUCUGUGUGCCCACCUGCUAGGUCUGGCCAUGAAGUCGGUCACCCAGCUGGCUCUGGGAGAGAGAUUCAGAGACGACGCUGAUGUCAUUUCCUUCCGCAAAAACCACGACGCAAUCUGGUCAGAAAUCGGGAAAGGCUAUUUGGACGGCUCCCUGGAGAAAAGCUCCAGCAGGAAGGCACAUUAUGAGAAGGCUUUGUCAGAAAUGGAAUCUGUGCUGCUGUCGGUGGCGAAGGACAGAAAAGCCCAAAGGAAGCAGACGAUGUUUGUGGACACUCUGCUGCAGUCCAGCCUCACAGAACGACAGAUCAUGGAGGACUGCAUGGUUUUCACUUUGGCUGGAUGCGUCAUCACGGCCAACUUGUGUAUCUGGGCGCUUCACUUCCUGUCCACCUCAGAGGACGUUCAGGACAAACUGUACCAGGAACUGCAUGAGGUUUUGGGUUCAGAUCCAGUUACUCUGGACAAGAUUCCUCAGCUCAAAUACUGCCAGCAGGUCCUCAACGAGACGGUGAGGACUGCCAAGCUGACCCCCGUCGCGGCUCGGCUGCAGGAAGUGGAGGGCAAAGUCGAUCAACAUGUCAUCCCUAAAGAGACGUUGGUCAUCUACGCGUUGGGAGUGGUCCUGCAAGAUUCUGACACCUGGAGCGCCCCGUACAGGUUUGACCCUGAUCGAUUUGAGGAGGAAUCAGUGAGGAAGAGCUUCUGUCUGCUCGGAUUCUCUGGGAAUCAAACAUGCCCGGAACUCAGGUUCGCCUACACCAUCGCCACCGUCCUGCUCAGCACGUUGGUGCGUCAGCUGAAGCUUCACCAGUUGAAGGGACAGGUCAUGGAGGUCCGAUCUGAGCUGGUAUCCACGCCUAAAGACGAGACCUGGAUCACCGUCAGCAGAAGAAGCUAGAAACUGAGGCGUCCUGCGUCUAAAGAACACUUACAUCUCGAUUUAAAGAAUUACCAGCAAAGUAUCUCAUGACUGUUGAGGAUCCAGUCAUUUUUUUAGUUGUUGUGGUAGUUGAGACUCUUUGGAAAUUAUGACUGUACAGUAACCUGAGGCCUUAAGCACAUCAUGACCUUGUCUGUCCACUUGUGAAAAAAGACAUCCAAGGGAAACUCUGUGGUUUUGAUACUCUACGAUGUAGAGAAAAACAUGUUACUUCAAAUUUCUCUAUAAUUCCUCGUACAACUGCCUUAAAUCAAAAUUCUUGAUGACAUGUGACUAGUUUGUUUGUUGAUAACCCACAUGGGAUUUAGACAUUUCAUUCCUUUUUAAACAGGUUUCAUCCUGCAUAUAAAUAAUUAAAUUUGUAUGAGGAUCUUG